AUGAUAUCGGACAGUGAGGAUAAGAACGUUGGGUUGCAAUAUCGUUUAGCUCAUUCCUGCUAUAUUCUUUCCAACUUCUGCCUCUCUAAGGAAGACAAUCGUAACCGCCUCUUGGAAGAAGGUAACUUAACAAAAGCAUACCAAUAUUAUAUUAAUAAUACUGAUAUUAUAAUAGUACUGAUAUUAAUAAUAAUAAUAAUAAUAAACUACGUUAAUUGUGAUGAUAAUAGUGGUUAUUAG